AAAUUGGGUUCGCAUUCCUUGCCUCUGUGAAUAGAAGGAAACAGAAGCAGCGCAAUGCUUGGCUGGAUCAGAUCAUUUGGAGUUCUUCUCCUCCUGGCGUCUGUCGCCCACGCCCACUUUCAGUUCUUCGAGCAUAUGUUUGGCGGCGGCGGCGGCCAUCAACAACAGGCUCCGCAGAACGUUCCGAGCGAUAGCUCUCGGUAUCAAAAUCAAUGGGAGUCAGCUCACUGCGAUCGCUACCUGUGCCCCGGCACUCUAGCAUGCGUCCACUUUCCUCACCACUGCCCAUGCCCGCAUCCCAACGUUGAAGAGAAGAUUGAAUUAGGAGAGGGUAGUGCUGUCUGUGUCUCGAAGGGUGGCUUUAAAGCAGGCGAAGCUGCGCGUAAAGUUGAAUUGGCGCGCAAGGGUCUUCUGUGAUUGCCGGGGGACUGAUGAUGGAACACUACCUAUUAUGGGGCUACAUGACCCUUCAUGAGCAUGUAAUUGAGCUCUUGCUAUCCGCAAUCCAAGCCUUCACAUCCCGCUAUUGUCAACUUUGAAUCACAUAUUUGCUCGACGGGGAUGUCUGGUGUUCUCAGUUAACCUGGCUAUAACCGGCCUUUAACAGUUGUAGGUCUAGCAACCAAAGCACCAUGAC